AUUUACUCGUCACGAGCAAGUCGAGCUGCGAAUAUUUACCCACCACCUUGCCCAAAACCAUCAAAGAAACCACGCUGGGUUUCAGAGGCUCUCCACUCGCACUCUCCUCGGCGACGCAGGCGGCGAUCGAUGGACGGCUGUGACCACCCAGUCUGCGUCUGCUGCGGAGGAGGAGCAGGCUGCGAGAUGGACGAGGACGGAGCCUGCGAGGACUGCGCGAUGCAGCGGCAGCACUGGUACGAUAUGAAGCGGUUCCUCGUCUUCGUGUCUUCCGACGAUUUCAGAGACAACUUGCGCAUCCAGAGGGAGAUUGGAAGCCGUCUUAGGAAUAUGAUCUCUCUGUCUGAGCCUGUCAACCUAGAACCUCCCAAUGGCCGUGUAUAUCCUAUUGAAGCUAAAGGGGAGCUUGGCCAUAUAGUUUUUAGGGAUGGAUGGAAGGAGUUUGUGAGUGCAAAUAACAUAGAAGAAAAUGACUCCAUUAUCUUUGUGUACCAUGGGAGUUCUAGAUUUAAGGUUCAUAUUUUCGAUUCAUCCGGUCAGGAGAAGUCUCCAUGUUCUCAACCACCUUCCGGGGAAUUUGGAGCAGUUCCUUCUUGCUCUCAGAUUGUUGGUCCACCGCCAUCUCAGAUUAUUGAAUCGUCCAGUUCUGAUGACGAUGACAUCAUGCAAGAAGACGCGAGAGAAUCUUGCAGGGCGCAAAAGCGGACAUGUAGUUGCGCAAAACCUCAGAAGAUGGCUUCAACCUCCUCCCCUUCUACUAAAUCAGGAUAUGGAGCUCGCAAGCCACGUAAUCCGCCAUCUGUGAAGCCAGAACCUUUGUCCAGAAACCUCCGGGGGUCUUUCCGGCGGCCCUACAUUCUAGCGCGGCACACAACUCUACCUGUGCAAAUGAAGAGGAAAGUUGAGAAGAAAGUCCAAGAAAUUGGAUCUCAACUUCCUAUCUUUGUGAAAGCGAUGACCACUAUAAAUAUUGAUGGCGGUGGCAAGAGCCUAGGUGAAAUGUUGUUCGGCAUGGUGUAUGCUUCUGCAUGUCUCCCGGACAAGACACAGCGUCUCUGGCUUCAGCUAGAGGGCAGGAAGAAGCAGUGGCCCGCCAUGCUGACCGUCACGUGUCGCAACCAGAGACGGGUUUACGAUGGCUGGAAGGAGUUCACCAGGGACAACAAGCUGAAGCCGGGAGAUAUCUGCCUCUUCGAGGUGUCAAGCAGGAACAGUAGGAGCCUCACGAUGACGGUCCAUCUGGUCCGCUGAGUAGCAAAGUGGAGUCGUAGCUCUCGAUCCAUGCCAUGGCUACUUUAGCCAUGGUUUACUUCUGUAAUGUGGCUUUAACUCGCUGAAACCCUGCCCUGAGGAGAUGAGAGAGCAAAUUGCUGAACAACUUGAUGUGAGUUUGGUCAUGUUAUUGUUGGUGUUUGCUGAACGACUCCCUUGUAGUCUAUCUAAAUACUUGGGGGAAGACCGAACCUAU